AUGCUGCUGCUGCUGCUGCUGCUGCUGUUGGCGCCUCUCUUCCUCCGCCCCCUGGGCGCUGGCGGGGCGCAGACCCCCAACGCCACCUCAGAAGGUUGCCAGAUCAUACACCCUCCGUGGGAAGGGGGCAUCAGGUACCGGGGCCUGACUCGGGACCAGGUGAAGGCUAUCAACUUCCUGCCGGUGGACUAUGAGAUUGAGUAUGUGUGCCGGGGGGAGCGCGAGGUGGUGGGGCCCAAGGUGCGCAAGUGCCUGGCCAACGGCUCCUGGACAGAUAUGGACACACCCAGCCGCUGUGUCCGAAUCUGCUCCAAGUCUUAUUUGACCCUGGAAAAUGGGAAAGUUUUCCUGACGGGUGGGGACCUCCCAGCUCUGGACGGAGCCCGGGUGGAUUUCCGGUGUGACCCCGACUUCCAUCUGGUGGGCAGCUCCCGGAGCAUCUGUAGUCAGGGCCAGUGGAGCACCCCCAAGCCCCACUGCCAGGUGAAUCGAACGCCACACUCAGAACGACGCGCAGUGUACAUCGGGGCGCUGUUUCCCAUGAGCGGGGGCUGGCCAGGGGGCCAGGCCUGCCAGCCCGCGGUGGAGAUGGCGCUGGAGGACGUGAAUAGCCGCAGGGACAUCCUGCCGGACUAUGAACUCAAGCUCAUCCACCACGACAGCAAGUGUGACCCAGGCCAAGCCACCAAGUACUUGUAUGAACUGCUCUACAAUGAUCCCAUCAAGAUCAUCCUCAUGCCCGGCUGCAGCUCUGUCUCCACGCUUGUGGCUGAGGCUGCCAGGAUGUGGAACCUUAUUGUGCUUUCCUAUGGCUCCAGUUCACCAGCCCUGUCAAAUCGGCAGCGUUUCCCCACAUUCUUCCGAACACAUCCAUCAGCCACUCUCCACAAUCCUACCCGAGUGAAACUUUUUGAAAAGUGGGGCUGGAAGAAGAUUGCCACCAUUCAGCAGACCACGGAGGUCUUCACUUCGACUCUGGAUGACCUAGAGGAAAGAGUGAAGGAGGCUGGAAUUGAGAUAACUUUCCGCCAGAGCUUCUUCUCAGAUCCAGCCGUGCCUGUCAAAAACCUGAAGCGCCAAGAUGCCCGAAUCAUCGUGGGACUUUUUUAUGAGACCGAAGCCCGGAAAGUUUUUUGUGAGGUGUACAAGGAACGUCUUUUUGGGAAGAAGUAUGUCUGGUUCCUCAUUGGGUGGUAUGCUGACAAUUGGUUCAAAAUCUAUGAUCCGUCAAUCAAUUGCACAGUGGAUGAGAUGACCGAGGCAGUAGAGGGCCACAUCACCACUGAGAUUGUCAUGCUGAACCCUGCCAACACCCGCAGCAUUUCUAACAUGACAUCCCAGGAGUUUGUGGAGAAACUAACCAAGCGACUCAAAAGACACCCUGAAGAGACAGGUGGCUUCCAGGAAGCACCGCUGGCCUAUGAUGCCAUCUGGGCCUUGGCAUUGGCCCUGAACAAGACAUCUGGAGGAGGUGGCCGUUCGGGUGUGCGCCUGGAGGACUUCAACUACAACAACCAAACCAUUACCGACCAAAUUUACCGGGCAAUGAACUCCUCGUCCUUUGAGGGUGUCUCUGGCCAUGUGGUGUUUGAUGCCAGUGGCUCCCGAAUGGCAUGGACACUUAUCGAGCAGCUACAGGGUGGGAGCUACAAAAAGAUUGGCUACUAUGACAGCACCAAGGAUGAUCUUUCCUGGUCCAAAACAGAUAAGUGGAUUGGAGGGUCCCCUCCAGCUGACCAGACCCUGGUCAUCAAGACAUUCCGCUUCCUGUCACAGAAACUCUUUAUCUCCGUCUCCGUUCUCUCCAGCCUGGGCAUUGUCCUUGCUGUGGUCUGUCUGUCCUUUAACAUCUAUAACUCCCAUGUCCGUUAUAUCCAGAACUCCCAGCCCAACCUGAACAAUCUGACUGCCGUGGGCUGCUCACUGGCGUUAGCUGCUGUCUUUCCCCUUGGUCUGGAUGGUUACCACAUCGGAAGAAACCAGUUCCCUUUUGUCUGUCAGGCCCGCCUCUGGCUCCUAGGCCUGGGUUUUAGUCUGGGCUAUGGCUCCAUGUUCACCAAGAUUUGGUGGGUCCAUACAGUCUUCACAAAGAAGGAGGAAAAGAAGGAGUGGAGGAAGACUCUGGAGCCCUGGAAGCUGUAUGCCACAGUGGGCCUGCUGGUGGGCAUGGAUAUCCUUACUCUUGCCAUCUGGCAGAUCGUGGACCCCUUGCACCGGACCAUUGAGACUUUUGCCAAGGAGGAACCGAAGGAAGACAUUGACGUCUCUAUUCUGCCCCAGCUGGAGCACUGCAGCUCCAAGAAGAUGAAUACAUGGCUUGGUAUUUUCUAUGGUUACAAGGGGUUGCUGCUGCUGCUGGGAAUCUUUUUGGCUUAUGAAACCAAGAGCGUGUCCACUGAGAAGAUCAACGAUCACAGGGCUGUUGGCAUGGCCAUCUACAAUGUGGCGGUCCUGUGCCUCAUCACUGCCCCCGUCACCAUGAUUCUGUCCAGCCAACAGGAUGCAGCCUUUGCCUUCGCUUCUCUUGCCAUCGUGUUCUCUUCCUAUAUUACUCUGGUUGUGCUCUUUGUGCCCAAGAUGCGCAGGCUUAUCACCCGAGGGGAAUGGCAGUCUGAGGCACAGGACACCAUGAAGACAGGGUCAUCUACCAACAACAAUGAGGAGGAGAAGUCCCGCUUAUUGGAGAAGGAAAACCGUGAACUGGAAAAGAUCAUUGCUGAGAAAGAGGAGCGAGUCUCUGAACUGCGCCAUCAGCUCCAGUCUCGGCAGCAGCUCCGCUCCCGGCGCCAUCCCCCAACACCCCCAGAUCCCUCUGGGGGCCUACCUAGGGGACCCCCAGAGCCCCCUGACCGUCUUAGCUGUGAUGGGAGUCGAGUCCAUUUGCUUUACAAGUGAAGGGGUAUCAGGGAGGACAGGCCAGUAGGGGAGGGAAAGGAAGAGGGGAGAGGGUGGGGGACUGGGUAGGAAGCAGGGGACCCCUAUCCUCAGUUGGAAAGAACAUGCUGUCAGUUCCAUCUCUUGUAAAUUCAUGUCCCUCUGUGAGUCCUGGGGUUAUUUGAGUCUUCAAAUACUCUGGGAAAUAGAUCUUUUUAUCUUAUUCAUUGAUAUAAUUUUAUAUCACUAUUUUAUAAUUUAGUUUGUGCCUCACUUGAAGCUACUCAGUCAUGACUCCUCAGCAGCCUCACUACAUCUUUGUCUUCCAUGACAGCCCUGUGUCCAGUUACCACGGCAACCCUGCAGCUCCUAUCCUGUUUGUGCUAUGCUCUCUCUGCUUCUGUCAGCAGGGGUCUCUCCCCACUAGUGCUCUUUCCACCCCAGCAGGGGCUUCUCCAUCAUAAUUCCCUUCCUCUCAAUCCUACUUGCCCUUCCACAUGUUCCCAUGUUUUCCUUUUAAAUUUUGCUUCUUUUGGGGAUUCAUUCUUUUCCCCCAGAGCUUGAAUGCUAUUUGCCUCUACUCUAUGUGUGCUCAUUCUUAUGCAUCUGCUCUUCUCUUGCUUGUGCCACUGGUGCUCCUGUGCACGUGUGCUUGACCCAUGUGCUUUGUCAUGCUGCAGUCACAGCUAUGUGUCCUCCUCUUGUGGUCAUGGGUUUGCCUCAAGUGGGUCUGGGUAGGAUGUUCCAUUUGUCUAGCAUGCUAAACUUUGUCUUUCUACUUGCACACAUUCAUGUUUAUCUAUAUUUUCCCUGUGUACCUACCCUCAAUAUACCCUUAUACCUUCCCUUUGCACCUUAAGACCACAGUAUUCUUCCAGCAGAGCCAUAUGUAACCUCCCUGCACAUUAUUAUGCACUUUCCUCCAAUCCGUGUUUGCUAGGGCCAUCCUCACUGUCUGCUUGUCAUGUUCAGUUUCCACUCAUACUUCCCCCUCCCUCCUUGGUAUUCACUCCUGCACCACCCUCAAAUCUGCACACACAAUCAUCCUCUCAAGGAUGAUUUUUUGCUCCCUUUAAUUUUUUUUUAUUUUUUUGUGGAAGCUAAAAAAAAAAAAAAAAAAAAAUGGGGGCAGGUUUGGGGAACUGUUUCCAGUGAAUAGAUGAAGAGAAUUCCGACCAUGGAAGGUACCUCUGACUGUUGGAUGGACAGAUGGACCUAUGGGGCGGGAGGUGGCGCCCCUUUCACACUGUGGUGUCUCUCCGGGAAGGAUCUUCCUGAAUCUCAAUAAACCAGUGAACAGUGUGACUCA